UACUGAUGUCUUUUUGGUGGGCUUUUUGCAUUACACUUGUAGCUGGAUAUAACGGCAGUCUGAUGUCUUUCAUGGCGAAUCCGGGACUCAAUCCAGCCCUCGACACAAUCUCACAACUAGUGGAUGCAGUUCGUUAUGGUCGAAUUGCAGUGGGAACUAUCCAGGAUUCAGCAGAGUAUGCCGUAUUUAAGCAUUCUGAAGAACCAGAUCUUCGUCUCCUACUUGAAAAUAUGGAAUCUGAUCCACAUAAUCUGGUGUCUCAUGACAGUGAUGGUUUGGUAGAGUGCUUACGUCGUCAAUAUGCGUACAUAGGUGGCCAACUCACUGUUUGGGCAGAUGUCUGGGACGCAAGAUUGUUUUUGUUUUCACGUGAUUUUUUCUUACAAUACGGGUAUGCAAUCGCCUUCGCUCCUGGCUUCGAAUACAUCGAGACGUUCGACAGAAGAAUUCUGCAACUUCGGGAAGCUGGACUCAUUCAAAAAUGGAUAACAAGAAUUAUCGAACGAAAUCAAGUGAAUGGUCUCCUGAAAGAUGACCAAGUGAUUCAUAAUAAAGAUGAAGAAGACACUACUCAUAUACUUCGAAUGGAUGAUGUCCAAGGUGCAUUCACUGUGCUAGGCAUAGGUUUGGCUCUAGCAUCUCUAACUUGUUUUAUUGAAUGGCAAGUGAAAAGGUGA